AUGGAUGAGUCCUUUGACAAAUUUCUCAGAUCAUUCGACAGCCUACAAAACCACACAAAUGAAGUGCUUGAUGAAGACUUAGGAAUCACAGACAAAUUCGAAGAAGAAUUAGAGAAACCGGAUGUUCAUACCGAUGAAAUUACAGACCAGGAGUGCGAGACACUGCAGAAACUCCUCGAAGACGCAAAAUUGGCGCUGCAAAAGACCGAGGAGAUGCCAAAAUGGGGAGCAGACGUGGCCGCACCCACAAGAGAGGCCGCAGAAACUCUCAAGUUUCACUUCCGAGUGCUCUGUGCUUCUCCGGUCACUGAAAUCGCGCAGUCAGUGGCUUCACAAACUGCGAAAUUAUUGGUCCCAGUGAACCGCCUUGCACGAAAUGAGUACUGCGAAUCUAAAGCAGCGCAGUACUCGACUGGCACUUUGUACCAACCUCUGCGCAGCUGGCUUAGUGCACGCAACAGCAAGGCAGGCCGGGAGAUCAUCCGCUGUGAAAAUCAGCACAACGUGUCUGUGCUUGAGCAGGCGAUGAUGAUGAUGAUGAUGAUGAUGAUGAUGAUGGAUGUGAAGUGA